AUGCCCAGGAAGAAGGCGGCGGCGGCCUGGGAGGAGCCGAGCUCGGGCAACGGCACGGCCCGUUCGGGGCCCAGGAAGCGCGGCGGCCCCGCAGGCAGGAAGCGCGAGCGGCCGGAACGCUGCAGCAGCAGCAGCGGUGGGGGCAGCAGCGGCGACGAGGACGGCCUGGAGCUCGACGGGGCCCCCGGCGGGGGAAAGCGCGCGGCGCGGCCCGCGGCGACCAAGGCCGGCGGCGCGGCAGCGGUCAUCACCGAGCCCGAGCACACCAAGGAGCGCGUCAAACUUGAAGGGUCUAAGUGCAAAGGGCAGCUUUUGAUUUUUGGGGCAACCAACUGGGACUUGAUUGGUCGAAAAGAAGUGCCUAAACAACAAGCUGCUUAUCGCAACCUCGGUCAGAACCUGUGGGGGCCCCACCGGUAUGGGUGCCUGUCGGGGGUCCGGGUGCGGACGGUGGUUUCGGGGUCGUGCGCUGCCCACAGCCUCCUCAUCACCACGGAAGGGAAGCUGUGGAGCUGGGGGCGAAAUGAGAAGGGGCAGCUGGGCCAUGGCGACACCAAGAGAGUUGAAGCCCCCAGACUCAUCGAGGGGCUCAGCCACGAGGUGAUCGUGUCUGCGGCGUGUGGGAGGAACCACACCUUGGCCUUGACGGAAACGGGCUCUGUGUUUGCAUUUGGAGAGAACAAGAUGGGGCAGCUGGGCCUCGGCAACCAGACAGACGCUGUCCCCAGCCCUGCACAGAUAAUGUACAACGGCCAGCCAAUUACCAAAAUGGCCUGUGGGGCUGAAUUCAGUAUGAUAAUGGACUGCAAAGGAAACCUCUAUUCCUUUGGGUGCCCUGAAUAUGGUCAGCUGGGGCACAACUCGGACGGCAAGUUCAUUGCCCGGGCGCAGCGGAUAGAGUAUGACUGUGAACUGGUGCCGCGGCGCGUGGCCAUCUUCAUUGAGAAGACGAAAGACGGCCAGAUCUUGCCCGUCCCAAAUGUGGUGGUACGGGACGUGGCCUGUGGCGCUAACCACACGCUGGUCCUGGACUCCCAGAAGCGGGUCUUCUCCUGGGGCUUCGGUGGCUAUGGCCGGCUGGGCCACGCCGAGCAGAAGGAUGAGAUGGUCCCCCGCCUGGUGAAGCUGUUCGACUUCCCGGGGCGUGGGGCGUCCCAGAUCUACGCUGGCUACACCUGCUCCUUCGCCGUCAGUGAAGUAGGUGGUUUGUUUUUCUGGGGGGCCACCAACACGUCCCGGGAGUCCACCAUGUACCCGAAGGCCGUGCAGGACCUCUGUGGCUGGAGAAUCCGGAGCCUGGCUUGUGGGAAGAGCAGCAUCAUCGUGGCUGCGGACGAGAGCACGAUCAGCUGGGGCCCCUCGCCGACCUUUGGGGAGCUGGGGUACGGGGACCACAAGCCAAAGUCUUCCACAGCAGCUCAGGAGGUGAAGACGCUUGAUGGCAUCUUCACGGAGCAGGUGGCCAUGGGUUACUCACACUCCUUGGUGAUCGCGAGAGACGAAAGUGAGGCGGAGAAGGAGAAGGUCAGGAAACUGCCAGAAUACACCCCGCGGACCCUCUGA